AUGAGGGGAAUUCUGUGUUUGCUCGUCGUUCUCGCGAACCUAUGCGAGCGAUACGUAAUAGCGGAGCAUGAGGAAGACGCGUCCACGGAUUUGUUUGUGAUCGAGGGGAAGGUGUUCCCCUGGGACAACGCUGCUUCCACUGGGUGGCAGCUCAUGACGCAUGUGAUGGCAAACGGAGGUGAACACUACGGCUUUCUGAGGGAAGAUGGCACGUUUAUAAUCUCGAACGUCCCGUCUGGGUCGUACAUGGUCGAAGUGGUGAAUCCGAAUUACGUUUAUGAGCCAGUCAGGGUCGAGAUCAAUUCUAAAGGGAAAUUCCGAGCUCGAAAGGUCAAUUUGAUACAGACGUCGCAAGUGAUUCAAGUACCUUACCCGUUGAAAAUGAGGCCUCUAGCACCGUUCCGAUAUUUCCAAGUUAGAGAGCAGUGGCGGUUAACAGACUUCCUGUUCAAUCCCAUGGUUUUAAUGAUGGUUCUGCCACUUAUACUGAUCAUGAUUCUGCCAAAAAUUAUGAAUGAUCCUGAAACUAGGAAGGAAAUGGAGCAAUUAAAUAAUCUCACUAUCUAUAAUAUGCCAGAAAUGUCUGAAGUAAUAACGUCUUUUCUUUCUGGAGGAGAAAAACAAAAAUCAAAGGCUGUAAAAGCUGCUAAGAAAAGACAAUAAUGUAUUAGUUUAGUUUUAUUAUCUGUAGAUGAUUAUAUGUAUGUUUACUCUAGUCGUUAAAAAUAUAUUAAGAUACGACGACGAGAGGCGAGAAAAACGUUCCAAUUCCUUGCAUCGAGUAUCGCGUAAGAUUGCGAUUGUUAAUACGUUAAGCCUUUAAACUAUGACUACUUGAAAGUGCUUGAUAUAUUCCUACAGUUUCAUAAUUCACAAAAAUAAUUCGCAUUUCUUAUAUAUACAUCAAAUAAAGAAACGAUAACAACGCCAGCAACUUUCUAACUUUUUAUUCGUCUUUGCUUUAUGUGGUCACUUUAUACACAAUUUCAUAAAUCAGUAGAGAAUAUGAAUAUAAGUAAAAAAAAAAUCUGACCUAAUAUAUGAUGUAAUGACACACAUAAUAUGUAAUAAUGUGUACAAUUUAAUUGUACUUCGUGUCACAAAGACAUUAUUUUGUUACACUUUCUUGUGUCGGUCACUCUCUGUGAUGUCUAGAUUAAUCCUGUCUUAUGUAAGGUGUCCAGGCACAAGAUACAAUUUUCUAAAUCGUAAAAAGGCAUGUAUCUAUAAUACCACAAAUAAACAACAAUUAUGUAUAAAAUCUUGAA